AGGUUUCUGCCAUUGCGCGCAAAGCAGAAGGUUUUGCCAUCGCCAUGCAAGAGAGCUCAUCAGAGAGAGAAACCCCAGAGGCGAACAAAACCCCGACCCACUUCCAUUUCACCGCUCGCCCACGCCGCUCCACGUUCUUGCCCUGCUCUGCCACGCACGCGACGCGACGAGGGGGGUACUCUGCUCCGGUCCACGGGGUGCUUCGCCUGCCGAUCAGUCCCAUCGCGGCGCAUCGCGCAUCGUCUUGUCUUCGCGGCCAAGCUUUCUCUCGGCCCCGGUCUGGUCUGGUCCUAUAUUUUAACGGAAGGCGUGAGGGAGUGGUUGAAGAAAACUGGUUGACACCCGACGCAGCGUCGCGCCCGAGAAGCACGCGCUUCACUGCGCUGCCGCAGGCUUUGCCCUGCCUUCUUGGCCCUCUCUCUUUCUCGCUUCUCCUCCCAAAGAGAAUGCCGAGGGAAAAGGGCAUGGCCUUUUGGGGUUUCUUCGACGGCAACGACGGCGGACCUGCGCCCGACGUGAACGGGUUCCCCUACUACUCCGCCGCCGGCCCGGGCGCCCUCGCCUCCUCCUCCCUCUCGCCGCCGUCCUGCCUUGCGCCGGCCGGCGCCGGCCGCGGCGGCGUGAAGGAAGAGAACGGGAGCCGGUCGAUGACAGACCACCUCCACGCCGUCUCUGGAGGCGAUGUCGGUGGCGGCGAGGACGGCGAGGCCGCGCCAGAGCUCGGCCACCACGGCAAGCGCAAGAGACCCUCCAACGCGCGCCACACCCCGCGGCAGAUCCAGGAGCUCCAAGCGUUGUUCGAGCAAUGCCCCCACCCAGACGAGAAGCAGCGGGCGGCGCUGGGCAAGAGGGUCCGCCUCCAGCCGAGUCAGGUCAAGUUCUGGUUCCAGAACCGCCGCACGCAGUUGAAGAGGGAAUCUCUGCUGCACGAGAACCGGCAGUUGAUGGAGGAGAACGGCAAGCUGCGCGCCGAGAACCUGUCCCUCCGGGAGGCGAUGACGCAUCCAGUGUGUGGCGGCUGUGGCGGCCCGUUCCCGGCUAUGCUUGACGAGUCGCCGUCCCUGGAGGAGGACCUGCGCGUCCAGAACGCCACACUCAAGAACGAGCUCAGCCGAUUCUGCGCUCUCGCUUCCGUGUUCCUUGGCAGGUCCAUUUCUUUCGUGGCGGCGCCACCAACGCCAGGGUCGCCAGUGGAGCGCAUUGGUUCAGUGCCGGCGACCACCGCGGCCAACUCGACGGUCACCGAGUUCACGGGCAGUCCCUCCAGCCAAACAAUGGGAAUGGCGAUCACGACCAUGGCGAAAGCUGGCAUCGACAGGUCCGUGUUCUUGGAGCUUGCGACGAGUGCAAUGGAUGAACUCGUCAAGAUGGCGCAGAUGGACGAGCCGCUGUGGAUUCCAAAUGUACCCUUGCCUGGUUCCCUUGCCAAGGAGACGCUCAACCAUGAAGUGUACUCGAGGACCUUCUCACCGUCCAUAGGGGUGAAGCCUCCGGGGUUUGUAUCCGAGGCCUCUAGGGAGUCCGGCAUUGUAAGCAGUGAUGGCAGCGUCGAGCUUGUGGAGACUCUGUUGGAUGAGGUUGCCCUCGUCUCACUCUCGUUGCUAUUCCCUGUACGUCUGAACUUACAUUGCCUGCUUGAAAUCUUGCUGCAGAGACGGUGGUCCCGUUUUUUCUCGUGCAUAAUCGCCGAAUCAUCGAUUAUCGAGGAGAUCUCUACUGGAGCUGCAGGAAGUAGAGAUGGUGCAUUGCUGCUUAUGCAGGCAAAGCUGCAGGUUCUUUCACCUCUUGUCCCUGUUAGGGAGGUGGCCUUUCUCAGGUUCUGCAAACAGUUGGGUGAGGGUUUAUGGGCUGUAGUGGAUGUUUCCAUCGAUGGGUUGGGGAUGGAGCAAGGCCUUGCUGUGGCAUCCACCACUGCAAAUAUGAACUGCCGGAGGCUGCCUUCUGGCUGUGUGGUGCAAGAUACCCCCAAUGGCUUCUGCAAGGUUACAUGGGUUGAACAUACAGUAUAUCAUGAAUCCUCCGUGCACCAGCUCUACCGGCCUCUCCUUCGGUCUGGCCUUGCCCUUGGUGCAGGGCGGUGGCUUGCGACGCUACAGCGCCAGUUUGACUGCUUGGACGUUCUCAUGCCGAAGCAAGACUCGUCAGAUGCCAUGUUGGAAGGAUCACGGAGCUUGCUGAGGUUGGCAGAGAGGAUGAUGGACAACUUCUGUGCGGGGGUGAGCGCAUCUUCUGCUGAAUGGAGCAAACUGGAUGGCUUCACGGGGAGCAUUGGGGAGGAUGUGCGUAUCAUGGCACGGAGGAGUGUGGAUGAACCUGGGGUGCCAGCUGGUGUGGUGCUGUGUGCUGCCACAUCAGUGUGGAUGCUUGUAACACCCAAACGGCUUUUCAACUUCCUGUGCAAUGAGAGAACGCGGGUUGAAUGGGACAUCCUAAGCAAGGGUGGCCCUAUGCAGGAGGUGACAAAAAUCUACAAGGGGCAACAGAAUGGCAACGCCGUAUCUCUACUGAAGGCCACUGCCCCAAACACCCAGCAGGACAGCAGCAUUCUGAUCCUACAGGAGACCUGCACAGAUGCAUCCAGCUCAACGGUGGUGUACAGCCCAGUGGACAUCCCAGCAAUGCGCCGUGUCAUGGGCGGAGAAGGCGACCCGACAUCGAUCAUGCUCCUGCCAUCCGGUUUCGUCAUUCUGCCCGGCGGGCCGAGCAUGUCUGGCGACGACGGGCACAAGACAUGCGGCUCGCUGCUCACCGUGGCGUUCCAGAUACUCGGGAACAGGCAGCCCACCGGGAAGCUCACCGUGGAGUCGGUGCAGACCGUGGACAGCCUCAUCUCCUGCACCAUCAACAGGAUCAAGACGGCGCUGCGAUGCGACGCCUGAGCGGUCUUGGAGACGGGGGAACCUUUUUGGCCUAGGAGCGAGCAGCCGGUGAAGGGUCUUGGAGUCAAGAACGAACCGCGAAAAUAGGAGUGUGGCCUUUGCUGGGUGGUGAGGACCGGGCUGGGCAGGUCCUUAGCACAGAGCAAUGGUGGUGGUUCGGGCAUUGACUCGGCCUUCUCCCGGCUGUUCUCUCCCAUGACAUUUGCAUUUUGGACAGACAGUUGGAGGCUAGUCUUCUUGAGCUUUUGUUUGCAUUUUGGCCCGGACUUGGUAGUGCUGGUAGCUAUGAGGUUCCAUGUUUUUGCAAUAGCAAAAUGUGAUGCUUUCUGUAGGAACUCGCUCUGAAUGGCAAUGUUCCGUUGGCCAUG